ACCCUCAGAUUCCCAUAUUCCCAACAUUAAUUUACUAACUCUCAGCAAAUUCGUCCCCCUCCUAUUGUCCGUUAUACGCUCCGUUGUGCUCCGGUAACUUAAUCCCGGCGAAUGGCUGUCGGAGUCGGCGUUCCGAUCUGCAUCGAAUGUGGGACCCACAGCAAUCCGUGCAGAUGCAAGGUGGUGGGGCCGACCCUGGGGUUUUUGGCUUUCGCUGUGGCGGCGGUGGUGGAGUGGCCGGUGGGAGCUCUGGUUUUUUGCUUCCGCCACCACAAUGGCCGCCGUAUCAUGGCGCAUCCGGCUACCGUCGUAUACCCGUCGGUGUCUAAUGCGAUUCCGAUUUGAGAGAAUACGCAACUAAUGCUGUUCCUUGACAUGUUUUUCUUUUCCCAAAGUCCAAUGUAUAUUAAUAAUGCAUCUGAUCAAUUUAAGAGUAAAAUUAAUAGGCCAAAUAUAUACCCUAUGUCUCUUCUUAUAUUAUAUAUAUGUGUGUGUACCUAUAUGUGUGUAGCCAAGUAAUAGUGACAAUUGUAAUCUAAUAAAUAAAUCUAGUUGAAUUGGGUUA